AUGCGAGGACCAUCCGCGUUUCUAGCACACUUUGUGAUGCGCCUUCUUGCGCCAUGGCUCGUGCCAAUGUCGACGGUCGAUGGUGUGCACAUCGAUCUGUGGCGAGGGCUCAUCGAGCUGCGGCACAUGCGCCUUCAAGAGUCCAUUCUCGAGUCGCUUGGCGUUGAACUUUGUCUUCUUGAAGGUGGUGUCGAUCUGGUCUCAGUCCACACGAAAUGGAGCAUCAUCGGUUGGCUCUUUCGAAAGCGACCCUUUCUUCAAGAAAUCAGAGUCCGAGUCAAGAAUGUCACGCUCCUCGCAGGCCCAGACACGCGGUUCCAGACCAAAACUCGUGCUGCUCACAUUGAAGCUGCCCCGCCAUCCUUUGUUCGUGCCAAAGUGUCUCAAGUGAUUGUUCCAAAGUUGUACAGCGCGCUUCAGCGUGUACUCUAUCAGCUCGCGCGCAUGGUGGGGCGUGCCCUGAGGCUCCAAGUAGACAACUGCCACAUCCGUUAUGAGACGGAUCUUUUGAAUUCGACACCAUCCUUUGCAGUUGGUGGCAUCUUGGGAUCACUCUCGCUGCAAGAUUCGGAUGUCGCAGAUUCUACCGCUCAUUCCAGAACCUUUUCCAAGCUGGCCGUCGCCAAUUCCAUUGCAUUGUACUGGGACAACGACGGCGGUCUUUUACAAUCGCUCUCAGACCCACACCAUGGACUGGCCAAUAAUUUUACAAACCCCAACAUGAAGCCAGAAGAAGCGUUUGCCGCUCGCAAGAAACACGCCUUUUUGAUCGAACCCUUCCAGGCUUCAGUGCAGCUAUCGGCCGCUCCGCACUUGGCUCACUCGGCGACUGCCCGCAUCUCUGCCAUGAGCGAUAGCCUGCCUCAACCGGAGCCGCCGAUGACCCCAACCGUCACCGUCCCCGUUCGUCGCCCAGGCAAGCGGUCAUCAAUCAGCACAGACAAGUCCUCCGACACGACAGAAAGCGGCAUUGUCGCUUCAACAGUCACAGUACCCGGAAACACGCUGCUCCUGCCACCGCCUCCCACCCCACAGACAGCGGACAAAGCAGCUGCUGCCACAACCACACCAAAUGGCAGUACGGUUCCAAAUACUGCCUUGGUCCAGGCCGGUUGCGUGAUGUGCAAGUGCACUGUUGGUCAAAUCCAGUCGUCAGUGACCUCCACCCAGGUGGCCAACCUGCUCCGCUGCCUCGACUUGCACACACGACUCGUUCUCAUCCGCCGCAACCUGCACUUGCGGCCCACGCGUCUGCCACCUCAAUCCACCUUGAUCAAAACGCCCGAGCAAGCGUUCACGCAGUCAUGGUCUCCCUCGAUGCGGCAUUACCAGGGUGUUUGUGACUGGAGCGCGCCAGACCAAGUGCUUGCUCGGGACGCGUACGCCCGCCUCCGUUGGCAGUAUGCCAUUUCAGCAACUUUGGCCACGUUGCGAGAGCGCAAGCGGACAUACUCUGCAGCCAGCAUCCAUUCUUACAUGGAGCGGCGCCGACAGUACAUUGGUCGCUACAUUCAGCUUGGAUUGCACCUGGACACUCAUCAUCGCGAUCCAGCACUUGUCGAGCUAAACGCCGGCCUGUCACUUUGUGAUGCUGUGCUGUUUCGUCAACUUGCUGACAUGACGUUAGCUCAGCGCCAACGAGAGGCGCAGGCCGCUGCUGCUGACCAGCACAAGCGCGCUGCGACAAGUUCGAAACAGACAGCAACCAGCAACGCAGCGUCUUCGUAUUCUUCGACGAGUAACGCCGCUUUGGGUGAGGACGGCGACGUGUCCGCUUUGGCUGCGGCUGCUCGCCGAGCUUCCACCAGACCAUUGUCAGCCAUGCACGAGGAAGAGCGAAGUGUUACCAACCGAAUCUUGUACUUUUUGGCGAGCCUAUGGCCAGGCUCAAGUCAAUGGACGCUGUACUCGACACUUCACUUGCUCCCGGCUCUGACAUCGCCAGAGCGACCGCUUCUACUGGUCACGUCCCCAACUCUGGCAUCCGCACCCAGCACACCCGGCACAACCUCCCCAGCUGGCGCAGCCAACUCGACCAAUGCACUGGCCGCGGGUUGGACCUGGAUGGUCCAGCCCGACGAGCUCGAUACUGCACAGGUGCCGAGCGCGGCAUUCACGCUGUCUGGCCUUUGGCUGGAGGUCGAGUUCAACUUGCGCUCGCUCAGUCUGGUGGUGCUGGAUGACUCCCGACGGCCUGACAGGCAGGUAUCGGACGCGCAGCCCAGCUCCUCGUCCAUUCCCGUCGUCGACACCGACACCGCGGCCUCCGAAACUGGCCGCGUAGUGGCUCACUUUGCCCUCAACCACUUGCUGCUUCGAGCGUCGCAGUGCCGAUCCCUCAACCACCUGUUGUACGAAGCUUCCGUGGGCACCGUGUCUCUUAUGGACUGGCACACUCAGAAUGCCUGCAUGCGCGACAUUUUCUUGCUUAGUAAUUCUGUUCCCGCCGUCGGCACGCUCCCGGCACUCGCGUCUUCCUUCCCGCAACACUCGUUUCUCCUUGGUUCAACGCAGCCCACUGCGGGCGCACCCAUCGCCGACAACACUCCGCUCCUUCACCUGUUGUUUGAGCACAAUCCGCUCGUCUUUUUACAAGACUAUCGUGUCGAGCUGCAGUUGGCCCCCUCGGUGUUCACCUUCUCGGUGACGUUUGUCAACUAUCUCACCGAGUUUGUCACAUCUCCGGGCGAUAUUCAUCUGGAGCAGGUGAAGAGCUUUUUCUGGGCCAGAGUCGCCAUGCUCCAGGCUGCCGCUCGACAUGCGCUUGAUCGCGCUAUCGAGUCUCAAAAGUCGGUGGCGCUCUGGGCCAAUGUCCACAGCCCUGUGGUUCUUUUCCCGGCGUCUAGCGAGAUGAAGCGUGCUUCGCAGCAGUUGCACACCACACGAAGCGCGGCACAUAUCGAGCCCACCACCACAACCACCCCCACCACCGCCACGAGCACUCGCCGCAACAGCCGACUGCUCACGCCGCUAACGCUCGAGUACCAUUCACACAGCGCGUUGCCAAUCCCGCGACCACCGGCCCAAGUUAUGGCCGGUUCCGGGUCGGCAAGCAAGUCGCAAUCUUAUAUAGGGCGUCGGCAAAACAAGCGCCGAUAUCGUAGCAAUGCUCUCCUGGUCCUGCAUCCAGGGCAUAUUCUGAUGAGCAACAUUUCACCAGCAGUCGCCCUCGGCGGCAAUCUGCAGGAGAAUUUCGAGCUCUUGCACCAGGAGCAUCUCAGCACUGCAACAACCAAACAGUCCUCGACAACGCCUGCAGCCGUGACAUCGCGACCGGGUGCUGGAGAAGCCUCUGGUGUGGGGUCAACAAAAGUACUUGCUGCGGCCAAUAAAGAGCCGCUGCCCAGCCAUCCGUCAUCAGGCCAUGCCCGACACUGCUGCUGCACUGCCGCUCCUCCGACCGCGUCCGUGACUCAGCCUGGUGACGCUGCUGACAUGACACCAAACAUCACUCAAUCCGCGAUUCCUCCUCCAACCGAGAUUGGCUUUGUCCCGUCGGCUGCGGCGCUUGCUGGCGACCUACCGCAACCGCCGAGCGAAAGGCCCAGCGUCCAGCAACCAGGGGUGCUCACCCCAGAUAUAUCGCCCAUCUUGAUGCAUCCAUCGACCAGCCCGCAACAUACCACGCAACAGCAACAAGCUUCCUUGCAACAACCUGCUGCCGCGCCAGCUGCUCCGGCGACUUUGCCAUCGGUGUCGAAAAGCGAGGACAAACCGCCGCCGCCGUUGCCAUUGCCAACCCCGAAAGCGCCAAUCCCAUCAGGCCACACGUCGAGGACCCGGUUGACCGAGCUGUUGAACGCUCAUCACUAUGCACUGGUGCUCCAUGGGCUUCAGGCGGUUGUUUGCGAUGUUGAAGACGACUGGCGUCAAGUGCUAAACCGCCGCUCCUCCGACAACAGCAGCAACAGCCGCAACAGCAGCAACAACACCAACAACGAUAACCCUGCGGCUGCAGCAGUGUCUGCGACGCCUCGGGACCCCAAGUCUCAUCCGUUGCACCUGCUGGAGCCAAUGCAGAUUUCGUGCAUGAUCGUCCAGCACUUCCCGCAUUCAAGAGCACUAGGUGAUGACUCGAAAUCGCAAACCUUGCGCUCCACGUCGCGCCUUGCGCGAUUCCAAACGCGACAACUACCUGCUCAGUCACCACUGCAAGUUGGGGUGACGGGCUCGUCCGCGACGAGCGCACUGCUUUCGUGCGAAGUGACCAUCCCUACGGUUGUCCUUGCUGUGGAUGAACGCAAAAUCCACAGAAUUCUGAGCUGGUACGAGCGCGUUGCAAUGUGGUCGGACGCUGCUGGCGUGCCCAAUGUCGAAGCAACGCGGCAGGUCGAGCUGUUCAACCGCCGCGCGCUCUUGGGCAUCUGCACCUGCUCGAUGGCUCUUCCGCAGCGCGACAUCACAGCAACCGAGCUGCCUCCAUCCAAUUACAAAGAGUACAGUCUCUGCCCGGUGCACGGAGAGCUCAAGUACGAUCCGCUCGAGCUGCCCGCUUCCGGCACCACCCUCAACGAGCUUCGACGUCUCGCCGAAAACGAUCGGCGCUGGCACCGCGAUCGAAGGUGUAUUCCCAGUGGGCAAGCGACCAUUGGACUGCACACUUUAAUUGGCAGCGUCCAAAUUCGCUUUGCGUUCGCCAGCGAGCUGUUGGAUUUUGCCAACCUGACUCCAGGGCAGCAACAGACCCCUCUGCCGUCCGUCAACAUUCCAAGCCGCACCAUUGAGCAAGUGUGGACCAUGAAUGCAUCGGCCAUCUCUUGUCAUUACAUUGAGUUUGGCCGUCAGUGCCUCACGGCCACUGCUUCCGUUCGGGCGUUUGAACUGUUCGAUAGCAGUCCAGAGCCAUUCCAGUCUGAGUCGCCUGUACCUGCUGCUACAGCUACCUUUGGGAGUGCGACUCGUGACACCACCGACGACAAUCCAUCGCCAGUUGCGGCUCGGCGGACGUGGAUCUCGAGCGGCAUGGGCAACAAUGGGGCCAGCAGCAGCAGCAGCAGCAGCAGCAGCAGCAGCAGCAGCGAGCAACCUUGCAACUGCCUCGAGUUGACAAUGGUCUCGUUUGCCGCCGGCGUGGCGUGCGAUAUGAGCGCACUCAUGUCAGAUCCGCUCAAGUUUUCAAAGCUGUCCAAGUUCCGUAGCCAACACGCCAGUCGGGCUCGCCGCAAGUCCCUCGUCUUUCAGUCGCCGUCUGGCCCAGUGCCUCCCGCCGACGUUUCCCAGCUAGCCCGUCUGUUAAACAAGAAUGCCAUUCAAACGGACUUGCAGGUGGAGGCCAGAGUGGUCUCUGGCAUGCUGGACAUGCAGUCCUUCCUGCCGUUCUUUGCCUUUGCUCAGCGGCACCCAUUCGCAUUCUACGAGUUUCCCGACCUGCCCACCCUGACAGAGCUGGUGAACUCGACGCUGACGGAUAGUACAAACAAUCACGUCUUGCUGGUCAACCCGCGCAUCGAGCAGCGACUCAGCCAGCACGCGGCUGCAAGGGGUGGUGAAGCCACGUCCAUUCGUCGCUCUGUUGUGGCUGCCAUGAAGUCAAGCCGCAACCUCGAUGAGCGACGGUCCACUCUGGAUGCCGUAGCGAGUGCGAUUGCAACACCAUCAACCGCAGCAACAGCAGCAACAGCAGCAACCGCAUCAACCACCCCAGCUGACUCGGCUGCCGCCAACCAGCGUUCUGGCAACUUGGAAAGAAACCAGACAGCGCCGUCCACCAGUAGUGCAGGCAGUGCUGCUCAGGCAGGCACGAAUCAGCCCAAACCAUCCAAAGACUUGCGCACAAUCUUGCGCCGCGUCGUCAUGACCACCGCCUGGCCAACGUCUUCCGCAACUGAGCAAGAGUCCCUUUCAUCCUCCUCUGCCAACGCGAGCGACGCACAGGACGUGAGUAAUUCCCUUCUUGGGGCCGCUGUGACGACCCUCGGCGUGUUUGGAACACUGCAUGUGACCAUCGAAGCCGCGGACUUUGACCUCCGUGACUCGCAGGUCGCGCUGCUGCACAUGCACUCUGAAGCCAUGUCGACCACCGUCCGGACUGUAGCAAACACGGUUGCUGCUUCGCAAGGACCCGAAAUAUCGCUUGCCAAGCUUGCCACCGAAGCGGUGGUGGAUUUGUCCCAAAUGUUCCUGUCGUUUCCCGUGGUGCCCGACGGCUCGCGACGAUACAUGUUCUUCCACAUGGAUCGCCGGAGCAGCAACGCGGAAGCGCGCGGAACAUGCUCGUUCGAUCCCAUCUCUUCCGAUGGAAAGCCACCUCUGGCGCCUCUGCUGCGUGUGGGCGCGAAAUCAGCCAUGUCCGCAUCCCCCAUCCUCCAAGCCAACGGUGAUGGGUCUCCGGCAUCAGCAGAGCCUUCUUCAGACGAGCCCGAUGCCUACAGCGGCGCUGCUUUCUCUGGAGCAGAAAACAGCAAAGAAGACACCUUUGCUGCUGUCGGGUUUGACAAGGUGGUCAAGACGUUGCAAAGCAUCACGGCUGCCUCGUUUGACCUUGGCCACGUCGCAAUCGCCGGCCACCCCCAAAUUUUUGAUGCCUUGUCGGGAUAUCUCGCAACUGCACGCACUUGGCUUCACCAUCUCGAAAUUGCCUCGGCGCUGGCUGCAAGGCGGCGACAGUUUCGUCGGCCCAGCCAAUCGGCAUCUUCUGACGACAAGUCGCAAGAUCAGGCAGCCGAUGUUGUGCUUUUGCACAUGAUUGGAAUGAUUCUGUCACGUUCGGAUGUGAGCCUGACCAUGUCGGCAGGCCUAUCCUUCCCCGUCGAGUCGACGCCACUGGUGCCAAACAUUUCGGCAUCUGGCGACCCGCUGCACUCUCGCGAGGCCAACGACAGCAGUAGCCGAGAUAUCACUCCGGUCAUUCUGCUGCAGACCAAUCGCAUUGACGUGAGCUUGGCCAAGGGUCUUGCAAGUGGCGAGGUACGCGUUUCAAGCGGCAGCACGAUGCGCCAAGUUGUCGCGACCAGUCCAUCUCCCGCUGAAGAAGCGAGCGCUGACGUCGAUCCUGCCCUACGAGCGCUGGACACGACAGUGCUGGCAUCCGUCAAGGUGAUGGGGGCAGUCUUGUGUUCUGUCUAUGUCAUUGGCGGCUACAUUUUGUCCGACCAACGGCUGUGGGCGCAUGAAUCGGUGCCAGCUCCGAGCCCUGCCACCAUUCCGAAGCGUGUCAAUUCUUCUCGCAUGAUUCACCGCUCGCUUCUGAUGCCGCUCUCAGACAUCGACCUGUUGGUAGCGCUUGCAUUUACAGCAUGUCGCGUGGUUGACCGUGACGAGCUGAAUGAUGACGACAGCCUGCUGGGUUCCGACGAUAGCCAAGCGUCCGACAGCGAAGACGACGUGGCGGCCCUGAUGCGCCUCCAAGGCAGCCCAAAGGGACCAAUUCUGUAUCUGCUCACGCGGGUGACCAUGAGCUGCUCGCUGCCGCCGCUUCUCAUGCGCUUGACCAACAUUACCCUGGCGCACGCAUUGUACGCUGUGAACGCGCUGAUCAAGCUGAUUCAGCUCACCGUGUUGGGAGGGACUCUCCCGCCUGUGCACAUGAAGUGGCACGCGCUCAAGGGUGGCGAUGCCUCGUUUGUCCUGCGUCCACAAGGUGUUUCGCUCUCCAAGCAGGGCGACAGCCUGCAACCCAAGACGCUGCACGAACUGAUUAUCUUGUAUCAGUUUAUGCGUAUCGCUUUGCUGAGCAGCAGUCGCGGACAUCAGAUUCAGUUGACGAUGGAAGAUGGCACAACUCAGCCAAACGCCGACCUUCCACCCUGCCCCGAGGCCUCGUCCGCAUGGCAGCAUUCCAUGCUAGACACUCAGCACUUUGGCUCCGAGGCGCGAACGAGCGAGUCUUCAGUCACUUCUGAGGAAUCCACGGCUCCUGACGACAAUAAUGGAAAAGACGCCGCUGACAGCGACACUGACAGCGACACUGGAGAAGACGAGCAGAUCGAGAGCGAAGCACGCAGGCAGUUCCGACUCGCAAAGAGGCGAAUUGUCGAAUGCAUCGGCAGCCAAAUGGCCAGUACUGCGGAUCGCAUGGCGCGGGACGGCACGACGAUCGCCCCGGUCGCAGUUGCCAAGAGAGCUCAGCGCAUGUGGACGGACAUUGCUUCGACAGUCAAGCAGCGCGGAGGUGCUGGUUUAAACAACACGCAAGGAACCGCGGAUGCCCCCGCCGCCCCCGCCGAUGCCGUGGAACAAGUCGAGCCCAGCAGCAAUGUGCAGGAUCCACCGCGGUCCCAACAGCAAGUUCCGCAGAAUGGCGCUGCUCUGCCAGCUCGCAAAAAGACAGUCACGUUUAGCGACACGGCAACCACAUCCCAGGCAACUGUCGAGCCCUGCUCUCCCGUCCGCCCGCUCGACUUGAAGUAUCGCAAGUCGCCAGGCUACAAGACCAUUCGACACUACGAGGCGGCUUCGUAUGCGCUUGCAUCCACGAUGGACUUUUCGUUUACGAUGCACUUUAAAAUGCUCGAUAUUGUCCUGGCUGUUGAUCAAACAACCGACAUUCCCUCGAAAACAGUCACGGACAUUUGUCGAGUGUUGCUGUCCGACGCUCUGCUGGAGAUUCUGGUGGCGUCUGCGCUGAGCGACACCCCGCUCCGGCGCGAAAUUCAAGCUUCUGCCAGCCAGUCAGACAACAACAGGGAUGAUAGUGCUUCACACGAUGGCUCACUGUCGGCGGACGCACCGGCAAUCCCAACUAUCACGUCCACCGCUCCGAAAUCGGCCGAACCAGACUCACAGUAUCGCGUCUCCUUGGCCGGAAUCAAAGCUGUAGAUCUUUCCAGUGCGAGGCAAGGAAGCGAGCACUCUGUGGUGCUGCAAUCCGGCCAGCAGUCUGAGAUUGCCAUCUGGGAGCAGCACUUCCCUGACGACAUGAGCAAGCGCUCUUCGCGGUGCAGCGAAAACUCGCGCAUGCAGCCGCACUUUCUGUGGAAGGGCCAAGGAACAGUGUCCAGCGAGCUCUUGUCCUUGUACCACUGGCCGCCGUGUUCGCGGUUGCUGCACAUGCCUCUCAUCCGCCACCGCUUGCCUGAGCCCGAUGAUGGCGCUCAAAGGCCAUUUUUGGUCUUCUCCGCCACCAUGUUUGCCGACAACCGCAUGGCGUUGUGCGUUCUCACCUCCGACCUGCAGUCCAGCAUCUGCGGUUCCUUCCUUGGCCGAAUCGGCUGGUUUGCCAUUGACACGAUUACCGAGCUGACGUCCGUGGACUGGUUUUGGUCAUCUGCCAGCCAAACCGAGCUUGACAGCUCCAGGCCAAGCGUCGACAACACCGCCCAUCUGCCAACAACAGAGCAGCCCGAUGCCCUGACGUCCUCCGUCUCCGACGCGUCGUCGUGCGAGAGCCCCUUCACAACAUUCAGCUUGGCGGUCUGCAUUCCAUCCAUCACAGCGCGCGUGUACGAGCGCACCGUUUGCCGCAAUUCGUUUUUGCAGUAUGCCGAAGUUCGUGACAUUAGUCUGCAUUGGCGUGACAUCCAGUGGACUCCAGGCACGGAUGGCAAAUCAGUCGGCGACUUGCCUCCAUCCUUUGCGAUCGCCUCGCUCAACUUUGUCGAGUUGCGAUCCUUCAAUGCGCUCCAACCCUAUUCAACCAUGUCGCGCGUUGUCAGCGAAGCCACAGUCAAGUAUCAGCUGUUGUAUUCUGGCGAGCAGAGUGCGCAAGUCCUCAAGAAUUCCGGAGGGGCUGCCUCAAGUGGGGCCGACAAUCAGGAGGCUGAGCAGCAGCAAGGCGAGCAAGCCGAAACCGUCACGCAAUCCGACUUUGCCGACGAGGACGCUUAUGAGAGCAAGUCAGAGCUUCGGAUUAGUCCACUGAGAAUCAAAGUUGGUUAUCGCGACAUGCGCUUUUUGAUGACCAUUGCCAACGAUGCCUGGCUGGGCUACUCGAGUCCCCAAUUGUGCGAUCUCCCGCGCUGCAAGGACGGUGUGGCAGAGUCGGAGGAUGCUGCCGCGAGUAACGCGCAGGGCACUUCGUCUGCCAUGCUCCAGGGGCUGCACGAGUACGGCUUGCAGCCUGUCGUGCCCAACCGCUGGUACUUGCACCUGCGCGAGGAGCAGUCCAAGCACGCCUUUCUCCACAGGCAUGACCGCCACGGGCACAUGCGUCGUCGAUGGGCAGCGUCCGUGCCAGCGUCCAAUUCCAGCAGUCUGACGUGGUUGGUGGACAAGGUGGAAUUGAGUUUGGUCGACGACAGCGCCUCCAAACCGAUGCCCAUGGUCUCGUCGGUGGUGAGUUUGACGGGCUCCUUCCGCGACUGGUCUUCGGUGCUGAACGGUCGUGUCACGAUUGGUGUCAUUGCCUCCUACUUUAACCACGAAAUGACGUGCUGGGAGCCGUUGCUCGAGCCUAUUCGCACUUCUCGCGGUCAACUGCGUCCGUGGAUUAUCAACGCCGCGGUGUUUAAGGAUUUGCAAGACCUGAGCGGGCCGCUGCACGUGUCGCUUCGAGCGUACGACCGGCUGGAGCUGACUGCCUCGCCACGCUUGUUGAACUUUUCGCUGUUGAUGCUCGAGGCCCUCGAGCGCGACGCCAUGCUGCUCAAUGCCAGUGGGAGACAACAACCACCAACAACGGUCGGACAGCAGCAAGAUGCACCCUUCCCUGAACGACCUCGCGCGCAAAACAACCGUCUUCGUAACCACACGGGGUUGCCGCUCCUGCUCGUGCAGCAGUCGAGCUACGACGAAUCCCUCAGCAUCCGCGUCGAGCCUGACGCCGAGGUCAUGCUCGACAUUGGCAACAACAGCAUGGAGCUGUUCCCCGAUCACCUGCUUCUUUUGCGCGGGACCACGGCCACGCGGGUCUCGGUCGGAUUUGUGGAUGGAGCGUGGAAGGAGGUGGAAUUCAUUCCCGUGGACAAGGUCGGCAUUUUCACGUUUGAAAUGGAGCCCGUCCCGACAACGAUGGAGCUCGUUGCGCAAGCUCGAUGGAAAGCGGCCGCUUCGUCGCCGCCUCAACCGCAAGGCACAGCAAAUGCAAAUCUCCAGCAGCAGGUGACUCCGUCGACACCCAGCUCAUCAGCUGCGCUACCUUCCUUGUGGUCGCGCAAGCCAUUGAAGACUGCGCAAGACCAGGCCGCUCAGCAUGCCCAAGAGGUCGGCGAGUUUCGCAAUUCCCUCCUUCGCCUGGCUGGCUGCCCGGAACGGCGUGCCGGAGCCCGCCUGGUUUGCGAAGUGACCAUGGUCGAAGGCGUGCGCAUUGCCACUCUCCGAUCUGCCCACAUGGUUGUCAACACACUUUCCGUCCCUCUAGAGCUCAACGUUACUGCCACCUUCCGUGCUGGAUUCGAGCUGUCUCUCGAUGAUCCCGACGAGUCGCUGAGUGUGGCAGGCGGUCGACGCUCGAGCUCGCACCAGGUUCGUGCCCUCUCCACUCCUCCUCGGCGCGUCUCUGCUUCCGACUCUGAGCACAAGGACUCUGGAGAUUCAAAGCGAAUCUCCACCCCAUUGGAUAUCACGGAUCCGUCGGCAAACCUGCCAUCCACCUCCUCGAGUUCUCCGACGCCAGGCCACUCUCACGCAACCGCGAGUAUGCUCCGCAUGGGCGAGCUGAUUCACUUUGCGGGUCGUUCUGGCGCCGAGGAUGGUGGAAUGGCCAUUGGUAUCAGGCGGGCGUCGACCCAGUUUAUCAUCCAACUUCUUCCGGCGGGAACGUAUGCCAUCCCUCUGAGGUUGUGUGCCGCCGAUUGCCUGGUUCAGCUGACGGCGCGCCCGCAGGCACCAUGUCUCGAAGACCCGUCUCAAUUCCGGUGGAGCUCGCCAUUCGGGUUUACGCUCUCGCCGCAAGCGUCGUCGGUGAAAAUCGAGUCUGCCCACGAUGCCGAAGACAUGGUGGCAGGAGGUGGUGACCAGUCCAGUCAAACAGCAGCAACCACUUCCUGGAUUCCGCACCUCCCUCAAACGCACAGUCACUCCACGUACUCUUUGGAGGAGCAGCAAUGGCGCACCCUUCGGCGCACCCACAUUUCCAACAUUCCAGUUCCGCUGCGCGAGUUGGUGAUUCCUCGAGCAGCAGCGCCAACGGACGCUGCGACCACCUCGGAUGCAGCAACAGCAGCAACAGCAGCAGCAACAGCAGCAACAGCAGCAGCUUCGUUGCUCACAGAGCCAAGCGAUGACUUUUACAUGAUUGCCUUCCAGCUCAAGACAACGCCGCGGGCUGCGCAACGCUGGAGUCAUCCAAGUCAUCCCAUGUACGCGACGUAUACCGUGUCGUUGCAUGCGCCCUUGAUGAUUGGCAACCUGCUCCCAGUCCCAGUGCAGGUACUGUGUGUCCAGCGUAUGCUGGAAACAACGGGAAGUGCCUCUGCCAACAAUGUCGCCAGCGGAUACUCGAGCGCCGCCGCCGACGACGAUCCCGCCUUUUGGAGGGCUGCAUCAACCGCUCAUUCCAACAGCGCGUACUCGAACAGCGGCGGCGUCCGACAGCAGACUGACCGCUCAAUCAGUCUCACAACUCAUUCGUCGGACAUUCAGGAGGACGAGCGGGUGAGCGUAACUGCGGUAGACUUGCGCAGCCGGUUCGCGCUGCUCGUCCGGAUUCCGUCGCUGCAACUUGAGGGCACAGUUUUCCUGUCGUACAGUCGCUCGAGAGUGCUGCAGUUUGCAUCUCACUUUGACCUCGGCGAAAUCAGCCUCGUCAGCCCAACUCUGCCGGGUUCUGACUCGGCGGAAGCUGAGGGCGGUGGCUUGCACGGCAUUCGCCAUCGGCACACGGCUGCAGGCAUUCUGGAUGAUGCCGAUCAGCCAUUCAUUGUGCUGCGCUCCACUGUCGGUGGUGAGCAGGAAUUGACUCUGGGUCUGCACGUGCCGACUCGAGACGAGCAAUCCGGCAGCAGCAUGCUUGAAAUUGAUCUUUACGCGCCGUACUGGAUUAUCAACAAGACUGGACUUCCAUUGUCGAUCGGAGACAAUCCGCACGAUCCGUCCGUCGCCGCUUCGAAUACGGGCGAGCAGCAGGCAGACCGUCAACCCGUCGCUCCUGCGCUCUUCUCAUUUUCGCAUCGGUCUUCGCUGCUGUCCGUUUUCUCCAAGCCGAUGGCGUUUAUCAGUGUGCACGAGCGUUCCAAUUGGUCAGAGCCCUUGCCCAUUGAUGCUGUUGGCAGUUCGUUCCAGUUUUCAGUCAGUGCGCGUGAAGAAGCGCCCUUGUCCGCGGGAUUCGCACGUCCGUCGCCCUUCGAGCGGGCCAUCUCGUCGUCGGACUCCACUCGAGCUCCAGAAGAGGGCGAUCAAAUGUCCGUGGCGUCUGUCGCCGCGAGCGUCGCCUCGAGCUCCUCCAAAAAACGCGCCAGCGCUACAACAAAACUGAAAAAGAUGCUUCACCUGAGCUCGUCCAACAAAGUCUCCGCGAACACAGACGAGAUCAUGCAACCCUCUGCGUCGCAAAUCUCUAGUGGUACUCAAGGCUCUGCUAAAAGCCCAAAGCGUCGCUUCCGAGACGUGGUCUCUCACCUUCGGUCGCGAAAGAAGGACAAACAGAGUGUGAAUGAUUUGCCAGCCGCCAAUGCCGCCGAGCCAGACCUGGUUUUGACAGCAGAGCCUUCCUCAGUGCUGGCUUCGCAGGACCCUGUGCCAGCUGUUGCAGAGCUACACGACGAGCCAGUCAUGAUGAACUCGACCGAACGCGUCGUAGAUUCAGCGGCUGUCGUCGCACCGAGUCUUGCAGGGGAUACAGCGCCACCGACGGUACCGGGCAUUGCGCAGCCGACCGUGCUUUCGCCAAUCUUGGAGGAACCCGCUCAAGAGGCCGCCACUGACACUCAAACGAGUCCGCUCGACCCAGACUCGAUCCCGACGCCCAACGCCGCUAUUCCCGCAGCGAUUGCCGUCCCGACCGUGGAUGCAGAUUUUCAACCGUUGCCACCGCCAGCGCAGACCAAAUCCACCGCCCCAUCCGUGUGCUCCAUGGACUUUCAACGUGACCGGUGCAACUCGGUUGCGCCAAUGCCCCUUCCGCACGAGUCGGCCACCUACGAGUUUGCAGUGUCGAUCGCGCUGGCGUCGCACCAGCUGACCAAGAUUGUCACGAUUGAGCCGCGCUGGAUUAUUAUGAAUGAAACUGGCAUGCCGCUCCUCUUCCGCCGCGUGUACGAGCACCAGGACGGGCGCGAAUGCAAUUCGUUGCUAGAACCCAAAGACGAGCAGUUUGCGCGCCGACAUCCGCAGCUCUUCAAGCUCAUCCAUCCCAACCGCAACCGACGAAAUAAGCGCUUCACAGAGGACUUGGCGGCGGCAUCCGUGUCGUCUCCCGGAGGCGACCCCGGCAAUGCGUGGGGCUUUGCGGUUCGGCCAGGAGAAACAGUGCCGCUUCACUGGCCUCUGAAGGCCUCGCGCGCGAAAUCCAUGGGCCCCACGCUGAGUGCGGGCGAGCAGUCCAAUUCAUCCAAUGCGGCGAGAUUGCUCAGCAUGAGAUUGAGCAAUGUUCCCAUGGUGACGGGAGAGGUGAUUGACACGCGAUGGUCGGCCCCGUUCGGCUUGGAAGGCCUGCAGUCCAUGGUCAUUGUCAUGUACGACAAGGCCACCAACCGCAACGUGGCCGUAAGAAUGACGCUGACUGUCAAAGACUCGUCCAUGGUGAUGGUUUUCACCAACACGCUCGGCAUGGAAACUGUGCGUGUCGAAAAUCACUGCCCGGAUUUGCCAAUUCGCUUUUGGCAACCGUACGCGAGCUGGGCGCGCUUGCUCGAACCGGGCACGGCGUGGCCGUACGCCCUGGACUUGCCACUGGGUGCCGAAAAGCUCUGCUGGGCGACCGAUGAGCUCUCUUCCCCCGAAUUGGGCGCCAGCUCGACCAGCCUGGCCUCCAUGCAGACCGACGUGGGCGGGCGCCGGCGUGCGUCAACAUCAUCGGCCGUCGCAUGGGCAGAUCCCAUCCAUCUCCUCGAUAUAGCCUGCGUUGAGCGGACUGUGGAGCUUGCUUCCCACCAAGCCGCCGACGGGACUGUCGUGCCUGCACGAUCUGUGAUUGUGUACUGUGCCACAUUCCCGGAUGGGCCGACACGCGUCGUUCUCUUUACACAAGACGAGAAUCUCGCCAACGCCAUUGUCGGCAACUUUGGUCUGUCCUUCCAAGAGCAACUCGACCGCCAUGGCUCCAUUGUCCAGGUCGCGGGUGUUUUGCGCAUGGACUUGAUGAUUCGAGGAGUCGGCUUGUCUCUCAUGACGGCAGCUCCGCGAGAUCUCAUUUACAUGUCAUGGCGCAAUCUUGACAUGGAAACGUGGAUUUCCGACUCGAACGCUGCGCUGCGCGAUUCGCAGGCGGCGGAUGCUCAAGUGGCAAGCGCAUCAUUGCAGGUUGCCUCGCCCACCAGCAACAACAACAGCGAACAGACAUCCGUCUUCCCAAUGGCGUUGCUGACCGCAUUGACUGGGACUUUUGGGCGUCUGUGCCUUGCAAACACUGUGCAGGGUGAUUGGCGCAUUGGUGGCUUCCAAAUCGACUCGCAACUCCCCAACACCCAAUUCCCAACCAUCUUGGCUCCGCGCUUCCAGCGCCAUCUCGAACAGCGGCCGUUCGUGAUGCUUAAUUUCAUGAUUGCUGGCGUUCCCGCCAUGCGUCGACAGGAAACUUUGAGUACAUCGAACGCACGCCUGCAGGCUGCCGCGACGGCGGAACGCUCGGUCAAUCGGACGUCUGCAGUCGUUGCUCCUCCUGUCGCUCAAACCCGAUACAAGUCUUCCAUGCUGUUGAUUCCGAUGCUUCGGCUUUCGAUUGCGCCGCUAGCCGUUAAACUCGACGAACUCACCUUGGUCGAGCUGGCACAGUUCUGCAAUCGCGACCUGGCCCUCAUCGAGGAUUUCCAACGCCGGCGCGUUGCUGCCGCCCAACAGGUUGUAUCCAGCCGAAUUGACUCUUCCGGCGCCGAAGUUGCAGACGGCGAUGCAGACAUUGUGUCCCGCUUGGUGCCAGCAUCGGUCGGGCCCACGCACGGAUUGCGCAACUUCAAUUCCAGCUCCCCCUUCCGUCGGUUGCGCAGCCUGAGCGACUUGCGAAACAUUCUUGGAUCGGCCAAGUUCAACCGAGCCAGUCUCCGCGAAGAGGUCACCGAAACCGUCACCUCCCGACAAGUCUACAUUGGCCUGCUGGUGAUUGAUCCGCUGGACAUUUCGUUUAGCUUUAAUCUGUCCAACCGCAGCAGUCGCGUGUUGCUUGCCGACCAAGGCAUGAGCGGCGUGAUUGAGAAUAGCACUGUUCGCCUGGUGACGGGGGCAGCCGCGCAGCUGCAGGAGGUCACGAUGCAGCCGUACGCGGUGGAGCUUCCAACCGAAUCGAGGAUUGGUGGCACUGCAGCCGCCAUCUUGUCGCUGGAAACACGGCCCGAGGACGACGAGGAGCGCAAGCGAUUGGAAGGAGAGCAACUGCAGCUCGAAGACUGGGUGCGCUCGCAGGCGCUCAAGCCGGUCGGCGAGCGCGUGUUUUCGGUGGUCGUCCGGUCCAUUGGCGGCACGUUCACCAAAGUCAACGAUGCCGAUAUACGGCUCCAGAGCGUGACGCUUUCGCAAGUGCUUUGUCCAGCCGGACUCAUCGCCCCUCGCUUGCUACAACACUACAAUGAGCACUUGCUCCGGGGCGUGUACCGCGUUCUUGGUUCCUUUGACGUGCUUGGCAACCCAGCCAACGUCCUUCAAUGCAUGUCGGCGGGCGUGCGAGCGUUAGUGAACGAGCCAAUUCAGGCGUACCGCGAGCGAGAUGGCCAAGUUGCACAGGGCGUGCGGAAUGGCGCCAAGGACAUGACGGCCUACUUUUUGCGCGGUUCUGUCGGGGCCGUGGCUCGUGUGCUGACCUCGUUGGCUGAAGGUCUGGAAAUUCUGUCCUUCGAUCCUGCCUUCCAGGCGCGUCGCGAGGGUGUCUUCACCCGUCCACCCACUGGACUGCGACAGGGGUUGUUCCAGGGCGGCCAGCGCUUGUUGCGCGGCUUUAUCGGCGGUGCAGAAAGCUUGACGAUGACUCCGAUCCGCCGUGCUCGCCAAGACGGCCCCAAAGGCUUGCUGAAGGGACUGGCCGUUGGGACUGUUGGCGGCGUGGUGAAGCCCGUCCUCGGCAUCCUAGAUUUUACCACUGGCGCCCUGAACGGGCUCGUGAAUGUGCGUAACAUUCAAGAAUUGACAGAGCGCGUUCGCCUCCCGCGCCACGUGCACACGGACGGCGUUAUUCGUGUGUAUUCAGAGCACGAGGCGGAAGGUGCCAUGAUGCUUCAGCUCGUAGAUGACGGACGAUACCAGUCUGCCGGUCGGUACAUAUCGCACGUUGAGCUCGAAGCCGAGCCCACCACCUACCGAACCUAUCAUUUAUUUGGCGAGCGUCGCAAACGCCACGUGUCGCUCAAGCACGCUGGGCAAGUCGCCGGCGGGCCUGCCGAGCCCGAGUCGUACUCUGCACCAAACGCAGCACCCCCUCAGUUCGCCACGUCUUCCUCGAGCUCUGGCCAUUCUCAUCGCGUGUUGACUGCUCUGCGCCGCCCAUUCCAUCGCCAACGCAAUGUCUUGUCGAACGCGGAUGAGAUUCCAGAGAGCGAUGUUCCCAUCAAGUUUGAUUUGUUCUCCAGCAGCUCUGGCGGCCGCAGAGCAAGUGCUUCUGCGACUGGUUUGGACACUGGUCAUGCCAGUACCACCAACACCAGCCACAGUAACAGCAGCGUCCCCACCACCAGUAGUAAUGCAGAGCCUCGCCCCAACCGCGAAGACGAUGCUGCUUCCACGAACGAAGAGUCGGAUUCGGACGACGAGUCGGAAGGUGACGCAGCUCAGUCUUCCUGGUUUACUCACGAGGCCUUGGCCAGAAAGGACGCCGAUCUGCGCGCUAGUCAGACUGGCGUGCUGCACAUGGGCGACGGCCAGGGUGGAGUGGCACCGCCGUUAUCGCAUCGGGGAACGGGCAAACAUCGGUACGCGCUUUUCACAGACACACGGCUGCUGAUCAUCAAGUACAGCCCUCAUCGGUACUUGCGUGUCAAGCACGACAUACCGUAUGUGCGCAUUCUCGAUGUGAAUCUGCGGGAGCGCGGCGUGGUGGUGGUGACGAGCAAGAACGCCGCAGCCAAGUCCAAGCAGCAGCGUGAAAUCCUACUGCGCAUCCAGCAGGCGACGACAGACGAGCAAGUUUCCAAUUCACAAGUCUCUCUAUUGUCCCUUGAAGCUGCCGCGGACGCUCAGCACGAGUUGGAUGCCCAUCAAGGCCGCUUCCGCAAGUGGACACACAGCCACCGGCAAUCCAGCUCGGCGCCCACCAUUUCCGACCCACUCACGUCUGACGACGCCUACCCUGAUGACUCUGUCUACAUUACUCUGCUUUGUGGCAAUCCUGAGGUCAGAGAUUGGAUGCACCGUCUCCUUUUGCGGAGCGCAGGCCUGAUCUUCCAUCGCCAGCAAUCCUCGCGCGUCGCGAGAGCAGCGUCCUUGCUUCUCGCCGCUAAACCGGACGUGUCGCCUGCCAACCCGCUACCUGCCUCUUUAAAGCCAGCGCUUGCGUCCCUGCCUCCUCUUCCGUCUCGCAGUGACUAA